UUGGAUGUCAAGAGGGCACUGCCCAGUCUGGCUUGAGACAAAAAUGGCCACAGAGGCAGACAGUACCUGCCCUAUUUGCCAGGACACUCGGAAUGACGUGGCUUCUGCCCUGCCCUGUCGCCACCAGUUCUGCCUGGGCUGUAUCCUGCGUUGGGCCCAGAGAAUUCCAUCGUGCCCACUCUGUAGAAGGACGAUACAGACUAUCAGGUUUUCUGAGCAGAGUGAACGGGACUACAUACAGCUGAUCAUCGCCUCCCCUGAAGUGUCACCAGAAGCCCAUAGCCAGGCAGAGAGAUCUCCUGGCGACCUGGAGGACAACAGCCCCCAUCCCUCUGUGGUGUCCCCUCUGUCUUCUCCACAGGAGACACUGUCCCCAGAUGAGCAAGGGGCUUCUAGGCUGGAGCUUGUUGGUGACCUCCUGCCUGAGGUCUGGGCAGGACUUUUCCGUGAACAACAGCAGCUCCUGGACCCUGUGAGGCCUUGGCUGCGCCAGAGGCUGGAGGGAAUAUACUGGGGCCAGUGGUGGUUGAUAGAGGCCACGGAGAACUGCAUCCUGCGCUACCUCUGUAUCUGUGGUCCAGAUGCAGAGGUCUUGGUGCAGAGACUGCUGGUCUUCCUAGAGGAACACACAGCACUGCUGGUCCAUGACCUCAUCAAUGCUAUUGCAGAACAGUGCAGUGAAGAGGCCCAGAGGCUGCUGCAUUCCCAUACUGUUGAGGAUGAGGAUGGCCGCCCAGCAGCCAGCACCAGCUCCAGUUCCAGUGAGUUCAUGUCCAGCAGGUCCCAGAAGGGCACUCCUGUCAGCUGUCCUGCAGACUCCAAUGCAGAGGAAGAAACUGCUACAGUAGAAACUACCCUUCACCAGGGUCCCACCUGCCCCCAACCUGGGCCCAUCCCUGCAGAGAAGAACCAGCCCCAGGAGAAAUCAGAGCAGGCAGCAGUACCGGGUCCCUCUGCACAGGGCUGCAGCCACAGCCACUCCACUCCUGGUCAGGGCAGGGGCUGCUCACCUGGGGCAACACAGUGUGCCCAGAAGAGGAAGGUCCCCAGCCCUUUGGACUCUCCCCAGCCAAGGAAGAAGCCAUGACAUGGACAGAUCUGACCCCUGCAGUCCCGAGGGACACAGAUGAAGUGAUAAAACUUCAUCUCUCUUGAUUUCCCAUUUCCCAUCCAAGAACCACAACCUGAGGCUAAUGGUACCCAUGGCAGAUUUCAUAAAGUGGCCUCACAUUUCCAUGUCUGGCUUCCUGAAGGUGCCAAGUGAGGUCUCCCUUAGGUCCCACAGAGCCAGGGGUCUGAAUAAAUCUCUAAAUAUCUGAGUCCCUGAGUAACUUUGAGAGCUUGACAUACUAAAAUGCCAGCACAUCUGAAAAUCUUGUGCUGGAUUCUAUUUGGCUUGUGAAAGGAAAAUCUGGAUCAAGCACCACAGAAACUAUGGAGAAAGAGUGUUCCAAUACAGUUCUUGCAAUUUUAAUUGUGGAUUUGAAGUUGAUUGUUAAGUCUUUAAGGACCUAAACAAGAACCUGGUAGUUGCUAGACAUCAGUGACUUUCUCCACAAAGACUCUUCUGCGAAUGGGCAGUCAAGGGCAAACAGUCUUAAGACAGCUGAGUCAGUUGUUCUGCUCCAAUCAGCACAAAAGUUGUUCCUUGAUGACCUCCAAGCAGGAGGCCAAUAUCAGACAAACAAGGUAAAACUGAAGCUUUAGAUAAAAAUGGUGACCAGACAUUUACUGUUAUUUUUGCUGCUAGAACUUAUGUAAAGUUGCAAUGGCCACCCGAUCUGUAUGCUGGAUAUAUGAUUUGUGCUGUAUCAAGCAAAAUUCAAAUGUGCUCCAGAGCAUGUGGGCUCUUCGACAGCCACAAAUCAUCUGUGCCUGUGAAGAAAGAUUUGGUGAACCUUAGCAUAAGGGA